GAUGGAUGCACUUCAUUGAAUCUCAUGAUCAUGGAGCAAGGACCACAUUAAUUCUGAGUUCUCUACACCAUUUGCCAGCCCUAGUCUUUCCAGUGAGCCUAUGUUCUUAAGGAGGCAGACAGACAAUAAAACUGAUAGGGAAACUGAAGUUGGAAGCGUGAAGUUACUACGGCUACAAAGCCAGGGAACAACGGAGCUAAGACUGGACAGACUCUUCCACUCCAGAGCAGGAGCUCUUUUCACAACAGCCUGCUAUUCAGAGAAUAUUAAUCUGUGGGCACAGAAAUCUCUGCAGGCAAAUUACUCCAGAGAAUAUUGCAGGACAGUCCUACAAGGAACAGUUACAUUCACCGCAUCUGGAUUCCUGACCCUUUUCCGACAUGGCAGGUGUGAGUGGCUGUAUAAAAUAUUCUAUGUUUAUCUUCAACUUCUUGUUCUGGCUAUGUGGCAUCUUGAUCCUGGGAGGAGCAAUUUGGAUCCGAGUUAACAAAGAUGGUCAAGAGAUUCUCAACUCUGGGGAUUUUGCCACUAGCCCCUAUAUUUCUGUGAACAUCUUGAUUGCUGUGGGGUCUACCAUCAUGAUUCUGGGUUUCCUGGGAUGCUGUGGCGCCAUUAAAGAAAGCCGCUGUAUGCUUCUCUUGUUUUUCGUGGGCUUGCUUUUGAUCCUGCUCCUGCAGGUGGCAGCAGGUGUCUUAGGAGCUACUUUCAAAUCUGACUCCGAGCGCAUCCUGAAUGAGACUGUCUCUCAAAAUAUAAAGCUCUUAAGUGGAACAGGUGAGGAGGCCCAAGCCUUCCAGAAAGCCCUGAAGGAAUUUCAAGAAAAGUUUAAAUGCUGCGGUUUGGUCAAUGGAGCUGCUGACUGGGGAGAUAAUUUUCAGCAGAAUUCUGUGUCAUGUGAAUGUCCAAGUUCGUCAGAUUCUUCUUGUGUGAUGUAUGAAGGCAAACAUGUUUACCAACAGCCAUGCAUUUCUUUCAUAAAAGAAAUAGUUGCCAAACAUUUUCUCAUUGUUAUUGGAAUAGCAUUUGGACUGGUGGCUAUUGAGGUACUUGGUCUGGUAUUUUCUAUGGUCCUGUACUGCCAGAUUGGGAGCAAAUGAAUCUGUGGAUGUGUCGAGCUAUCAUCCAUCAAGCCCCUUUAACAUUUUGCUUUGUUUUGUAACUUUAAAAUAUACGAGUGCUGUACACAUUAGGAGCAGCUGUCUCAUUAAAAUGUCUCAUUUAGCUAGAUCACAGGUAUCUUCCAGACACAUUGAACAUAUUUAAGAUGUGAAUGACACAAGGAAAAUGAUAUGAAUGUUAUUUUUACUAAAAAUAAAAGUAACCUUGUUUAUGCUGGUGUA